AUGAAUUUUUUCUUGUUAUUUUAUUUAUUAUUAAUAAAAAUUGUAACUAGUAUAAAAGGAAAUAUCUCAUUUAAAGAGUACUUAAAUAAAGCAAUAUAUAAAAAUGAGAUUAUGAUAAAAAAAAAAAAAUUUUUUAAUUGUGCAAAACAAUUAUUCUAUAUAAAAGAGAAAUAUAGAAAUAAUUAUAAAUUUAAAACGAAAAAUAAAAACAUUGUAUAUUAUAACUAUAGUAAAAUUAAAAUGUAUGAAAAUAUUUAUUUGAAUUAUUUAAAAAAUUACAUAGUAGAUGAAAAAGAAAUAAUUCCAAAAAAGGAAAAAGAAGAUAAAAGUAAUGAAGAAAGAUGUGACAAUACAAAAGAGAUAGAAAUUUUAAUAAGUAAAACAAUAAGAAAAGAAGAAGAAGAUUUAUUUGAAUUUUUAAGCAAUGUUAAUAAAAAAUAUAAUUUAAAAAGUACAUUAAGAGUAGUAGGUGGUUGGGUAAGAGAUAAGUUUUUAAAAAUUUCAAACGACGAUAUUGAUAUAACAGUAGAUAAUAUGAAAGGUGCUGAUUUUUGUAAUUAUAUUAAAGAAUAUAUAAAAGAAAAGGAAAAUAAAAAUUUUAAUUUUGGUAUUAUAAAAAUUAAUUCAGAUCAAUCAAAGCAUUUAGAAACAUCUAGUUUUAAUUUAUUUAAUUUUCAAGUAGAUAUAGUUAAUUUAAGAAAUGAAAAAUAUAGUGAAGAAAGUAGAAUUCCUGAAAUUGUAAUAGGAACACCUGAAGAAGACGCUUUAAGAAGAGACUUCACAGUUAAUUCAUUAUUUUAUAAUUUAAAAGACAAAAAGGUUGAAGAUUAUACGAAAAAAGGAAUUUUUCAUUUAAAAAAUAAAAUUAUAUGUACCCCAUUAGAUCCUCUGUCUACUUUUCUUGAUGAUCCUUUAAGAAUUAUUAGAUGUAUAAGAUUUUGUGGAUCUUUUGACUUUUUUUUAGAAAAGUCUAUUUUUAAUGUUUUAAAAAAUGAAGAUAUAAAAAAUUCUUUUAAUAAAAAAAUUUCGAAAAGUAGGCUUUCUUCAGAAAUUAUAAAAAUAUUUUCUGAAAAAUGUAAAAAUAUAGUUCUAUGUUUAACCUUACUAAACUAUAGUUCUUACUCUUCUAUGAUAUUUAAAUUACCAUUAGAAUACUUUAUUGAAAAUCAAGAAAAUUUUGAAAAAAUAAAAAAAAGCGAUAAAAUUAAUAAAAGUACACAUUGUGAAGAUAAUAGUACAAAUAAAAAGAUUCAUAUCGAUUUUUACAAAACCCAAAAAGAAAAUAUAAAUGAAAAUGAUGCAAAUAAUAUUAUUAAAAAUAAUACAUGUGAUUUUAUUAUCCAAAAUAAUAUAAAUGAUAUAAAUAAAAGUAAUAUAAAUGGUACAAUAGAUAUAAACAAUAAUGAAAAAAAAUAUGAAGAAGAAAAUUGGCUUUUUCAAGGUUUAAAUUAUGUAAAAUUUUUUAAAGAAAUAGAAAAUAAUUUAAUAAAAGAAGUAUUUUUUGAUUUACAAUAUAAAGAAAAUUUAAAUUACAUACAUUUGUGUUUGUUUUUAUUACCAUUAAAAAAUCAUUUUUGCUAUAUAAAAAAUUCAAAAACUGAAUAUGUAGUAGAAUAUAUUAUUCGUGAAUCAUUAAAAUUUCCAUUAAAAUAUUCAAAAUUUUGUGUAAACAUGUUCGAAGGUUUUGUUCAUAUAUAUAAUUUAUACAAAAAUAUUGAUAUUCUUAAUUUUUUAAAAAGUAGUAAUGAUAAAAAAAAUAAUUUACAUACCACAGGUGAUAUUGUUUUAUUCUUAAAAAAAUUAGGUGAAAGAUGGAAUUUAAUUCUUUUUAUUUUUUAUAUAUUUCAUAAAUAUAAUGAAGUAAAUAAAAAUCAUUUAACGUUUAUUAUAAAUGAUAUAUAUCCAUCAGACUUUGUUAAAAAAUUAUAUCAAUAUAUUUUGAAAUUUAAUUUACAAAACUCUUAUAAAAUCAAACCAUUUCUAAAGUGGCCUGAUAUUAAAAAUAACUUCCCACAUAUUUCUUCAAAUCAAAUUAAUGAUAUAUAUGAACAAAUAAUUCGAUAUAUGUGUAUCCAUGGAGAAAAUGAAAAAGGGUGCAUUGAAUUUUUAAAAGGACACUUUAAAAAAUAUACAUAA